CCACUGAGACAACUGCUAGUUGUCACAAGGCCUUAUACAGGCAUUGUUACGUCACUCCUCUUCAAGUCCUCCCACCCUUAGCCUACGCCACAGGAAGCUCCCAGAGCUUCUCUCCCCACUCAAUUGUCACACUUACAACUCAGACUGCUGCAGCUGGGCUAAUGGAGGCUUGGAAAAAGUAGCUACCCUGGAUGAUUGGCUGCUUCUCAGACCCAGAUGUUCCUGGAACUGGAGUAAGCAUAGCAGCUUUUCCACUAAGCUUUGAAGCCAUUCAUGGAAACUGAUGGCAAUGUUCUCGUUCCUUUGCGUCAGAAGGCAAAAAAGAAAAGUCAAGGAUUCUUUAUAAUGAGCCGACGGAGGAUAUCGUGCAAAGAGCUGGGACAGGCCGAUUGCCAAGGAUGGCUCUACAAAAAGAAGGAAAAAGGAGCUUUCAUUGGCAACAAAUGGAAAAAGUUCUGGUGUGUGCUAAAGGAGUCAUCACUGUAUUGGUACAGCAGUCAGCUGGCUGAAAAAGCAGAAGGAUUUAUCAGACUUCCAGACUUCAGCGUGGAUCGAGCAAUUGAAUGCAAAAAAAAGCAUGCUAUUAAGAUCAGCCACCCACAGAUCAAGACAUUUUAUUUUGCGGCAGAAAAUGUUCUGGAAAUGAACACGUGGCUAAGUAAGCUGGGGAUGGCUGUAGACCCUCAGGCACCAAACGGGAAGAAUGAGGAAGAAUGUUACAGCGAAAGCGAACACGAUGAUCCAGAAAUAACGGACACGCCACCUCCCCCCUACACAGUCCAGCCCUCACCUCCUCCCUUGCAGGAUCAGCAGAAGUCAUCUUUCACCUCAACUCUGUCAAGUGAAGCAUCUUGUUCUCUCUCCUCUCCUGAAAGCACUUUCAACUCACAAGAGUCAUCAUCUUCCUUGGCAUCCAAAGUGGUUUAUUCCGAGAGGCAGUCCUGGCUUGACCUAGUUAACAGCUCUGCCACAGAAGAGGGUGAUCAGCCUUUAACUUUCUGCGUACAGAUUCAUUCUGACGAGCUGCCAGAAGUAGUCUGUGGAGAAGCAGCAGAAAGCCAGGAAGUCCAGCUUUCCCAACCCAACAAUGGAUCCCAGAACUCUUACUUAAGUGCAGAUGCACAUUGUCUAGCAGUGCCAGAUGCAACAGGACAGAGAUCACUAGCCAAAGACCAGGAAAAAUAUGAUGAUGAUGAGAUGGAGAGACUUUACAAGUCAUUAGAGCAAGCAAGCCUGUCUCCCAUUGGUGAUCGUCGCCUGUCAACGAAGAAGGAACUUAGGAAGUCAUUUAUCAAACGCAGCAAAAACCCCUCCAUUAAUGAGAAACUCCACAAAAUUCGAAUGCUGAACAGCACAUUAAAGUGUAAGGAACAUGACUUGGCCACAAUUAACCAGUUGCUAGAGGACCCGAAGUUGACAGCACUGAAGUACAGAGAAUGGAGGAGCACAAACAUCAUGUUGGUCCAAGAUAUUUAUCAGCAACAGGAGAUCCUGAAUGUGUCCACAGAGAAUGGUGAGGAGCAAGAGAUGACUCCACAGCUAAUCACUGAAAGUGCAAUAUGAUCAAUGGUUCAUGGCAAAAUUUUUCUCCAUGGGUCUUCAUGUACAGGGACUUUAAUCUGCUGUAUCUUAAGGUUUGUUUUUUGCAAGUGUUCUUCAGAAGAAAAACAACCUUCUCCAAACUUUCGAUUUCUCUUGCAAAACUCAUUUCAUUCCAAAAAAGCAAAUGCCCCAAGUUAAAAAUGCAUGCCUGAAUCAUCUGGGCUGCAUAUCUAAGAAGACUAAUGAAGCAGUGAAGAAAUGUUUUUCAGUCUUUGGAGAAGAAAAUUAUGGAUGUCCAGUUCCCGGAAAUCACAGAACUGUGUAAUAUGUCCCAUAUAAAUGUGAGAUCCUUGGGAUUGCUUUAACCAUAUGACUUACCUUUAAAUGAAGCUAAACCAAUACCAACAGGAUGUAGUCUGCUCUGCCUUUUUACCCUCUAAGGUGACCUGAUAUAUGCAUUUUCGUAUCUUCAUCCAUUCACUUUCAUCACUGUACCAGUUUAAACUGAGACAAAUAGAAUAGUAAUUAUACAUGAGUUUAUACAACAGACAGCCACCAGGCACCCAGUUUGGGCCCUGCCUGAUGUUCUUUGAGUUUCAAAUUUAUUUAUGGUCCAGGCCAAGGCACUGUCUUUCUACAUGAAGAAAAGGUCUCUUAAUUUUUGCUAACAGGUAAUUUACUCUUCAGUGAGACAAGUUUCAACUUUUCUUAUGAACUUGGCAGAAUUCCUUGGAAGAUUCUUUUCCUCAUUCUUAUUUUUGACAAUUGGGAAUAUAUAAGGUACAAGUUCAUCCCAGAGUCUUACUUGGGAAGGUGAUCAAGUUCACAAGGCAGAAGCUAAAUAACUAAAUUCCUAAUGUGGACCUGAAUGUAUAAAACAAAGCUGCAAAUAUUUUUGUAAAUAUAUGUAAUUUUAUGGCUUA